AUGGAUGAAAUGGAGGAAAAUGAUCUAUUGGCAUUGCUUCGAGAUGAUGAAACAGCUGAGGACAAAAUGAUACAGAAAGAUAUUAGUGAUGAAGACUUGGAGAAUCUUUUGGAUCGUGGUGAUCUUGUUGUCGAUGGCUCGACUGAUGUCAAAGCUCCAGUUAGUACCUUUCCCCUUAAUGGACCUGGGUGGGAGGUGGUGAUUCCAACUGCAUCUGGUGGCAUGCUUUCCACUCUCAACAGCUAA